UCUUCUAUCUACAUUUAUAUAUCUGCAACCAGCCAAACAACAUCUAUUCUCAGUUGUUGAGAGAGAGAGAGAGAGAGAAGAAAAGAGGAAGAAACGAAUGGCAUCAGGGAGGGUAGAUCUGGACGGACGUCCUAUAAAGGCAAUAACAAUAUGCAUGAUAGGAGCGGGAGGCUUCAUAGGGUCGCAUUUGUGCGAGAAGCUGAUGGCCGAGACGCCACACACAGUCCUGGCCGUCGAUGUCUACAACGACAAGAUCCAGCACCUCCUUGAGCCAUCGACCCUCCCCUGGACCGGCCGUAUCCACUUCCAUCGCAUCAACAUCAAGCACGAUUCCCGCCUCGAGGGCCUCAUCAAGAUGGCCGAUCUGGUUUCAUCCUCUCUAUUAAAAUUUCUCUCUACCAUCAACCUUGCGGCGAUCUGCACUCCUGCCGAUUACAACACCCGUCCCCUCGACACCAUUUAUAGCAAUUUCAUUGACGCCAUUCCAGUGGUCAAGUAUUGCUCGGAAAACAACAAGCGUCUCAUUCACUUCUCCACUUGUGAAAUUUAUGGGAAGACAAUCGGAAGCUUUCUUCCCAAGGAUCACCCUCUACGCCAGGACCCGGCUUUCUACGUUCUGAAAGAAGAUGCCUCUCCCUGCAUAUUUGGUCCCAUUGAGAAACAACGGUGGUCCUAUGCAUGCGCAAAACAACUGAUCGAAAGGCUAAUAUACGCUGAGGGUGCUGAAAAUGGCCUUGAGUUUACCAUUGUGAGACCUUUUAAUUGGAUUGGACCAAGGAUGGACUUCAUCCCUGGAAUUGAUGGUCCAAGUGAGGGUGUUCCGAGAGUUCUGGCAUGCUUCAGUAACAAUCUCCUACGUGGUGAGCCACUGAAGCUUGUAGAUGGUGGCCAGUCCCAAAGAACCUUUGUUUACAUCAAGGAUGCCAUUGAAGCUGUUUUAUUGAUGAUUGAAAAUCCAGCCAGGGCCAAUGGUCAUAUUUUCAACGUUGGGAAUCCUAAUAAUGAAGUUACAGUGAAGCAACUCGCAGAGAUGAUGACAGAGGUGUACAGAAAGGUGAGUGGCAAACCUGCUUUGGAGGUACCAACCAUUGAUGUAAGCUCCAAGGAGUUCUAUGGUGAAGGUUAUGAUGACAGUGAUAAAAGAAUUCCUGACAUGACCAUUAUUAACAAACAGCUUGGUUGGAAUCCUAAGACAUCUUUGUGGGACUUGUUGGAAUCAACAUUGACUUAUCAGCACAGGACUUAUGCUGACGCUAUCAAGCAGGCAAUUGCGAAACCCAUGGCGUCCAGCUAAAAAUGUGGCAAUGUUAAGAUUCGGAGGCCUAAUUCUUUUGAGGAAAUCAUACAUGUCAUAGCAAUUAAUACAUAUAUGUAUUUAUUUUAUUUAUUUUUUCUUUCUGGUGCCAGUAGCUAUAGCAGAGUCAUCUCUUUGUAUUGUGUUCUUUAUAUAGAAAAUGUAUGGACAAGGCAGGACCUUAUCAUGAAUAUCCUAUAUUACGUACUCCAUCAUGUGAUGCUGAGCGAAUCACACAGAACCCUCGUCGUGCUGCAUGGUGGUUUGCGUUUUCCUUUUC